CCUCUGCAAAGCUCCUUUCUAUUCAUUGACAAUUAUAAAAGUUUAAGGCAAGAAAAAGGGUCCCCUCCUCCAGCUCUCUCUGAAGAAAUGUCUCUGACCUUUCUGCAUCCUUAAAUACACAACUUUCUCUUUUUACAAACUUUUCAUCGAGGCCAUCAUCCCCGGAAAGACUGUGUUACUUUCUCUUUUCGUUCACCUUUUUUUAAUCUCUCUCACUAUCUGAUCACUCUCUGCAAUGCCUUCAAUCACCUCACCAUUUAUACUUCUUUCUCUGAUCUUCUAUUGGAUCAACCCUAGAGUGAUCCUACUGAAAGAAAGCUAGCCUACUGGUCAUUUCGAAUUCUCUCUACUUUAACAUUUCUAUAUAUUCAUCUCUCAACACCCAUGCAAAUCAUGAGGCACUCAUGAUAUAAUCAUUAUAUAAUCACAACGACCCAUUUUCUUUUCAAGCUGGUUAUCCCCAUAGCUCUUCUUUCAAAGAUCUCACCUAUUCACUUGCUUUCAGUUUUACAAUUUCCUUAUUUGUACUAUUUUAAAACUCUUCCAUUCUUUCUCCCUUGCCACUCACAAACCUGGCUUAAUUUGAUAUAUAGAUCCCCGUCUUCUUCAUGUUCUCAAGUUCAAAACACAUAAUUAUGAGAAGUGUAUCACCUUUUCCUGAUCUUUCACUGCAGAUCAGCCCGCCAUCAGUGGAAGCUAAAGAAACGGGCUGUGAUGGAGGAUUAACAAGAAAAGCCCUUUGUAGUGAUAGGAGCUCAACUACAGAUUCUGGUAGUAGUGGAAGUGAUUUAAGCCAUGAAAAUGGCUUUCUCAAUCAAGAAAGGAGUUAUAAUCUUGGUCCUAGUGAACCAACUUUGAGCUUAGGGUUUGAUAUGGCAGAUUUGAGUUCUCAAACACUUCAACUACCAAGAAAUCUUAAUCACCACCACCACCACCAACCCCAAAUCUAUGGGCGUGAUUUCAAGAGAAGUGCAAGAAUGAUUAAUGGAGUGAAGAGAAGCGUAAGGGCUCCUAGAAUGAGAUGGACCACAACUCUCCAUGCCCAUUUUGUUCAUGCGGUCCAGCUUCUUGGUGGCCAUGAAAGAGCAACACCAAAAUCAGUCUUAGAGUUGAUGAAUGUGAAGGAUCUUACCCUAGCUCAUGUGAAGAGUCACUUGCAGAUGUAUAGAACAGUGAAGAGCACUGACAGAGGAUCAGGUCAAGAGCUGACAGAUAUGGGUUUGAGCCAAAGGGCAGGGAUUCUUGAGGUGGACGCUUUAGGUUUAUCUAGUGGAAAAGCUGAUGCCAACAACCUUCCUCAACCUCUCAAUAAUCCACCACCACCACCACCACCACUAUCUUCUAUACAAAAAAAUCAAAGAAAUUCAGGGCCAUCAUCAAUGGAGGGUGAUGAGAAAAAUAUAUCAAGUCUUGAGGCUCUGACAUAUUUUAAUUUCGAAGCACAUGACCAUUCUAAGGAGGACGGACACACGGAAGCCCUCCACAUGGCUGCUAAUUUGAAGGAGAGAUUGGACUCUAGCUCCUCGUCAUCUUCAGAUAUGUCGCUUAACCUAGAGUUCACCCUUGGAAGGCCAAGUUGGCAAUUGGACUAUGCUGAAACUACAAAUGAGUUAACCCUUCUCAAGUGUUGAUUAAUCAGGCUAACAAACUAUGAAUUUAUGAUUUAUCUAAUCCUCCUUUUAAUGGACCACAUAUCUACUAAUCUUUAUGCAUCUUCCAUGUUUCUUG